AUGAAACCUGAAGAAACAUCCUGGGAACAACCAACGGAUUAUCAUUCUUAUUACAAUAUGACAAUAUUCGGCUACGUGGACAUGAUGUGCUGCGUACUGUCAACGAUUUCCAACACUCUGAUCAUCCUAGUGUUCACCAGAAACACUCCGGUAUCACCCAUGAACACAAUCUUCAUUCACAUGGCUGUGACCGAAUCACUGACCGUCUUUAGCUUCAUUCCUCGCUCAUAUCACGAAUAUUUCCGAGUGAAGCGGUGUUCAAUCGAUAUUCAUCGAACAGAAGUAUGGGAGAAUUUCGCAUUGAAUUCGUACAAGCUGACAUUUCUAUUUCGUCAUAUGGUGGUUUGGCUUAUGGUGAUGCUAGGAGUAUGGCGAUAUAUAGCAGUAGUACAUCCGCUGAAGAAGAGUCAAUGGUGCGAUAUGCGCAUAACGCGAAAAUUGAUAAUCGCAGGGUACAUUUUUGGAUUUAUAAUCGCGAUUCCACCUUACUUUUGCACAGCAGUUCAACCAUCCAACAUACUACUCGAUGAAGAAGGGUGCUUAGCCUCGAAUUCAACCAUUGGCAAUAAAAUCAUUAACACCACAAUCUACGAAUUCAAAGUGCCAGUUGAGAAUUUUCCGUUUUUAUACACAUUCCUCAUGAUCACUUACGGGGUUUUUAUAAAAAGUCUGCCAGCAAUUGUUCUAUCUGUGAUCAGCUACAAGUUAAUCUUUGCUUUGAUCGAAGCACGAAAACGUCGAGUAGGAAUAGUUGCCAAUUUGAAUCGAAAGUACAUGGAAAAACAAACGGAUCCAACGGAAAUCCCACAUGGAAUCUGCGCCACAUUGACAGGAAUCUUGGGUCCAAAAUUUUAUUGGGGGUAUUACUAUUACGUAAUGGAGAUAGGAAAUUGCUUUACGCAUAUUUCCACGAGUUUUAAUUUCGUCUUCUAUUAUACGAUGAGCAGUCAAUUCAGGAAAAAUUUCAAAGCAUUGUUCAAACGAAAUGGAAAUAGAUCGUCUCACGAUGGACAUCGUAUCAGCUCAGUCGCUCAAAGAGGUAUCACCGAGAUAGAACAUCUCGAAAUUUAA